AUGGCGUCUACUGGCAAACAGGACUCGCCUAAAGGUCCCAAAUUUACCGGUUCCCGAGUGCUCAUCACUGGGGGUCCGUCAGGGGUCGGGUUCUCCAUCGCAAAAGCCUUCGCGGAUCACGGUGCAGGAGUGAUCCUCGCCGACGUAAAUCAGGCCCAACUCGAUGAAGCCGUGAAGACGAUCGGACCUGGCGCAAUUGGCUACACAUGCGACGUCGCGUCCUGUCUGCCUCAAGCCGGAAUCGACCCCGAGCUUACGAUCAGUAACCCGAGUUCAAGCGCAGAUUGUGGAACUCUCGCGCGAUACAAUUACCUGGCCGAGGAGUUUGACGAGAAGAAUCCCAAAAAGAUUGGGGUAAUUCUGACUCGCCCUGUUGACAUGGCAUCCGCCGUUCGCCUACUAGUAGAGCGAGGUUUAUGUGCUUUGGCCCCAGGAGCUCUACAAGUCAAUGAGACCACAAUGACAUCGGCACCACCGGGCCAGCGACGUUUAGCCGCGAAAAGCCCCCAGGCUGAGCCCCCGCUGAGCACCGCAGAGGACCGAAGAGAGAAUAAAAGAGCCUCCGAUCGCCUUGCCCAGCGUGAACAUCGCAGGCGGCAAAGCGAAUACAUUGAUGAACUUGAGGCCCAGCUCAAGUUGAUUAAGGAGGGUAGUCAAUCGGAGUCGGUGGCUACUUUGGUAGCGGAGAACGAGAGGCUCAAGUCUGAGGUACCCACCAGCUCAAACAACUGCAAGAGUUUGCAUUCGUCGAUCAACCUCGCCAUGUCGCAACUCAAGAUGAUAGCAGAGUCAAGUCACCCAGUGUCACCGGCCCCUUCGUUUCCGGAUGUCAUCAGUAUAGAGCUUCCAAAAGUUGGAGCUGCUACAUAUCCCGCAAACGACGACAGUCUGGAAAAACCAGGGCCCGGGGACGGCGUAUCGCAGCAGUACAGAGAUGCACAUACGCGAGGGAAUGGGCCAAAAAUGAUGUUGAGCUUUGAAGAUUCAAGAGAAACUGUGGAAGCGGCUCCUUUUGUUGACCCGCUAAUCCAGCUUUCACAGAGUGAUGUGAUAGAGAAUGCCCACGACACUUCACAAACGAGCACUAGACAGCUCCCACCUGCACCCGUAGACAACAUCAAUCCCAGCGAUAUCUACUCUCCUUUGCUUUCCAGAUCCGCAUGGGAGCGCUUGGGGCAGCUGGACCAUACGAUCCUCCCAGAUAUUGGAUAUACAAAACCGCCCUUGCCCUCCGACAAUUGCGACUCGGCGCUCCUUCACGCUCAUGGAUUCCUACAAACGCACGAUCCAACUACGCCAGAUCUUGAUAAUAUCCAUCCCGAAUCGCCCUCCGCACAGGCGCCGCACAAGAACAUUCCAAACAUUCCAUUUCCCACACUGCGUGACGACGAGCUUCUCUACGCAAUGGUUGAUAGUGCCCGCUGGCAGGCUGUAAUUAACGACACCAAAAUCCCCAAGCCAGAACUUAUCGACUGCGUACUUGAUAGCACAGCGAAUCAGUUCUCGCUCGAGCUCAAACACUACCUCGAGCCUAUGCGCCGACUCAGACGGAACGAAGAGUAUUUUGCGUCAUACUGGCUAGUUGCGACCUUGAUACGGCCGCCCCAAAAAUCUAUUAAUCAAAGCGGUGCCAGGCCGCUGCUCCGCAACCAACUGAUCCUCGACUUCCAUAUCCACAAGGUCCCCAUCCACCCGAUCAUGGCUGACCUUGGCGAGUUCUUGGAAACGAAGCUAUCGUGUGUCGCGGGCGGGCUGGCCCUAGGCGAGGAACAGCUCGUGCAGUCGCUGAAGGACCUGCGGAAUUGGAGCUUGAAGCCGGGGUUUUUUGACCGUCAUCCUCAAUUUAGGGAUGCAUACCGGCAGUAUGCGGUAUAA